AUGAGGGUGACUAUUACCGGUGUUGAGACUGCUGCUCUAGGUACUGGUGAGGCUGCUUCUCUAGGUGCUAGCGAGGCUAGUGCUCUAGGUACUAGUGCGUCUGCUUCCUCAGGUGCUGGUGAGUCUGCUCUCUCAAGUACUGCGCCGGCUUCGGCCUCCCUCACCUUCACCCUUGACUCGAGGGCUUCUCGCUCCUUCUUUCGAGACCGCACCACACUCACGCCGCUUGGUCGGCCAGUUGCAGUCUCUCUGGCAGACCCCUCUGGGGGUCCUGUCCUUGCUCACUUCUCCACUGUCCUCCCCUGUCCGGCGGCUCCCUCUGGCACCCUGUCUGGUCUUUACCUCCCCUCGUUCUCUACGAACUUGGUGAGUGGUGCUGACCUACAGGAUGGGGGAGUGCACCACUUCACUCCUGCGAGCCAGCGGGUGACGCAGUGCACGGACGCUCGGACGGGCCGACACUUGGCCACGUUUACAAGUCGACCGAGGUCGAGCCUGUACACACUCACCACUGAGUCUCCUCCAGUCACUGCGUCUGGUCAGGUAGCUGCGUCGGAUCAGGUGUUUGGUGCAGCGUCCAGGUCUGGUCCUGAGUCUGCCCCCUGCUCGUAUCGCCUCUUGUCUCACGAGACUCUCCUUUGGCACCACCGCCUUGGUCACCCCUCCCUGCCUCGUCUCCGAGGCAUGGCGUCUCGUGUCCUUGUCUCGGGGGUGGCAGCGUGCUGCCCCUCACGCCUCCCAGUUUCCUCCGACAGAGGCCCUGCUGCAGACGCUUCACAUGUACGUGUGGGGCCCAGCCCGUGUCCGUGGAAAGGGUCACAAGCGCUACUUCCUGGUGGUGGUUGA